CCUGAAUGCCUCACGACAGACGCGCCUUACGUGAUCUGCGUAAACAGAAACAAACAUGGCGCCGCGAAAGUGAGAAGAAGUCUGAUGUGCUCACUCUACCUGCUGUCACUCACGUCAGGUGUGUUCUCAUUGAACAGGUGCUCACUCUACCUGCUUCAAACUGAGCAGUCGGACCAAUGAGAGGAAGAACAGGACCUUCAUCAUCAUCAUCAUCAUCAUCAUCAGUCGGUCCGCCGCCGAAUAGGAUGGCGCUGAGGAAGCACGUUCUCCAGGAUGUCGCCGACGUUCCCUCUGGAAGCCAACGCAGCGACCACAACACGCAGGAGGGCGGAGCUCCGGACGACCACAGAGACGACAGAGAUGACGAGCUCUCAUCGCCACUUCUGCCUCGCUCGCCCCGAGAGAGACGCCGGAGAGAGAAGGACAACAAAGCCAAAGAGAUGACGGAGGACGAGAUGAUGGACUUGGCGUUGCGUCUGAGCGAACAGGAAGCCAGCAUGACGGCGAGCAGGAUGCAGAAAGAGGAAGAGGCGGUGAUGAAAGCCAUCGAAGAGAGUAUGGGAGAGAGUCAGACACGAGCCUGCGCUCCGCUCGCCGGCCCUGAAGCUGCACUCAGACUCUGCUCGCGACGGAAACUCUCCUACUCCAACAGGAAGCAGGAAGAGGUCAGCUGCUCGCCGCACGCCACAGAGCUGAACGGAGAAGGUAGAGAAGCAGCCGAUGACAGUCGGAGUCUGAAGAGGAAGAGAAGAGCAGGAAGUCCGCUGCUGGAGAUGCCCGACUUAUCUCAGACUCAGAAGAUCUCUCAGGACUCAGCGUGCAGCUCAGAUCCUCUGGACCUGCAGCCGGACUCCCAGCAGGUUUCUCUGGACCUGCAGCUGGACUCCCAGCAGGUUUCUCUGGACCUGCAGCCGGACUCCCAGCAGGUUUCUCUGGACCUGCAGCUGGACUCCCAGCAGGUUUCUCUGGACCUGCAGCCGGACUCCCAGCAGGUUUCUCUGGACCUGCAGCCGGACUCCCAGCAGAGCUGUGACUCCACCCAGAUCGACGAAGGUAGAUCUCCGGUCUUCCCCUCUACGGGCUGCCGAGCGGAGGUCCUGGUCCCCCGUCUGAGUCAGAACCUGCUGCAGUCCUGCAGGACCUCGGGGUUCGUGUUGUGCUCUCAGGACUCUUCAGACGACCCUCUAAAGUCUCCGCAGGCUCAAACCAGGAGCCCCACGUUCCCCCAAAGAGAGCCGGCUGUGUUCUCAGAGACGGAGCAGGUGGACGACUCGGAGACCCAGCUGAGUCCAGAGGGGUCUCAGAGCCCGGUGUUUGGAAGGACCACUCAGCACCAGAAGUCUCAGAGUGCCUGCAGACUUCAGGUCUGUAACUCAGGGUUCAAGUCCUCCUCUCAGGAGAGUUUAUCCUCCUCUGUGAGGUCCUGUCGCCCUCGGAGCCCCGUGUUCCCAAGAAUCCUCGACCUUCACGAGACCCUCCCUCCCCCUGACAGAUCCGGGGUCUGUACAAGUCCAGUCUUCUCAGAUGAACAGGCUGAGCAGGGUCCCGUUGGCAGUCUGAGCCGGGUGUUGGACAGGACUGGCAAACGGACAAAGAUCCAACGGGCAACUGCUCAGAUCCGAGAGGACAAGAAGACCGAUCCAGCUCCAGGUGUCACCUGUCACGUGACACCUCCGUCAGACGAGGAGCUGACUGAAGUGAUCAGAGACUCAUCAGAGACGGAGCUGAGCAGCGACAUGAAGCUGCUCUGGUCUGAUGACGAUGACGCCGACGUGACGCCGGCGGCGGUGGCCUCACCCAGCCCGGUCUUCCCAGAGGAGAGAGCCGUGGAUCGGGCAGACGGUCAGACGGCGUCCCUGAAUCACACGACUGGAACAAAUGGCGGCGACUGCAGUCAGCAGACCUCCACCUCAGAGCGAGACCCUCACCUGCUCAGCUGUCAGGCGGCGGUCAGCAGGUCUGCAGGCGGAGGGACGGUGCAUUACUAUUGGGGGGUUCCCUUCUGUCCCCGAGGCCUGAACCCAGACUCCUACACACAGGUGAUCCUGGCUCAGAUGGAGGUGUAUGAGAAGAGUCUGAAGCAGGCUCAGAGGUGUCUGCUGAGGAAGGUGGAGUGGGGCGAGGCCGUCCUGCCGCAGGUCGAGAAAUCUCCUUUACCCGAGUCAAUGUCGCCUGAACCGUCUGACCCACCUGAACCGGACGUUCCCCAAAGACGGCUUCUCAGAAAGAGACGAAACAGACUGAGUGAGGACGUCGAUGACUCUCCUGCUGCUGAGGAGAAGGAGCAGGAAGACAAGACGGACGGAGAGGAGGAGGAGGAGGAAAAGGUGACCACAGAAGAAGAGAAGAAGAGUGACGGAGGAGGAGGAGGGCAGGGGGAUUCAGACGACUGUGAGGUCUGUCCAGAAACCCAACUGAGCCAUGAGGAAGACGACGACAGGACUCAGGAUCUGAUGAUGGACACUGACGCUGGAGCACAGGUGAGUUCAAAUCCUCCAGACUUUACUUCUAAGUCUAAACAGAUUCAGGUUUUACUUCACAGCUGGACGAACGUCAGAGAGAGUUCAGUAGUAACACGGUCGAGUCCGAGCUGCUCCAAGCUUCAGCACAUUGAUGUAUUCAUUUAACGAUGUGAAUGUUUCUAAUCUUUAACUCUUUAUCAUCUGAGUCUUCAUGUGUAUACUCACUCAGGUCACCAUGUGGUGGACUCUGAAGCUUCAGUGUUUAUCCAGCUCUGCAUGGGUCUGUAAA